AUGCCAGCCAUCAAGCUCUACUUCCUUCAAGCCUCACGCUGUAUCCGCACAGCAUGGCACCUUCACGAACUCGGCCUCGACUACGAAUUGAAAUUCGCCCCACGAGAAAAUAAUGCUGCUCCCGCAGAUUUCAAGCAAGAAGCAGGAGGAUUAGGCAAAUUCCCUACACUCGUGGAUGAAGGAAACGUGUUCUACGAGAGUGGGAAUAUUUGCGAAUACCUCUCCGACAAAUAUGACACCUCCCACCGCCUCCUCCCACCCGCAGGCUCUCCAGAACGCUACAAAGUCCUCCAAUGGGUCCACGCCGCCGAAGCGACCUUCAUGCUCCACAGUCUCGCCUGCUUAUACGCCCGCUGGAACCAACAAGACGGCGACGUCUCCAAGACCAUCGCAGGACUGAGCAAAAACGUCAUCAAAGAUUUGGAUUACUUGCAAGCGGAAUUGGAGAAGAGUGGAGGGAAAUUCUUGUGCGGGGACAAAUUGACUGUGGCGGAUAUCAUGAUGCAGUUCUCUGCGAGGUUUAUCUUGGAGAGGGAGUUGGGGACGCAAGGAGGGAAGUGGCCCGGGAUCGAGAAGUGGUUGGGGGAGUGUGAGGGUACGGAGGGGUAUAAGAAGGCGGUGGAGAAGACAGGGCAUCAGUUGUAG